UUGGAAGAGACAGUGUUGUCUGUCUCGUGGUGAAUUGACUCCGCUAAAAUCACGAAAAAUGAAACACUCUAAAGAGGGUCAAAAGAAAAAAUCAACAACACCAAAAAAGAAGAGCUUUGUUUCCUCCAAACUAUCCACUGCUAGAACAAGUUGUGAGUCAAAACAUCAGCUUGAAGACAAAACAAGUAGAGUUACUUUUGAUGUCAAAGAAAAUGGCAUGGAUGUCUUGGCUGGAGAAGACAGAAAUGCUUCGUGUACCAUGGAUACUGAUGAUGAUCUUCCAGCCACACAACCUAUUGAUGACAGAGUUUUGAAAGAUGUUGUGGCCUAUGUGGAAGUUAGAUCCACCAAUGAUAAUAGAAGUAAAGCCAUCUGUAGAGAGCUCGUACAGCUUGGUGCUGUGGUAGCGAAAACAUUUUCAAAUGAUGUGACUCACGUUGUACUUAAGGAAGGUAGCAAGCGCACAAUCACCAAAGCCACAAAGAAAGGGGUCCACCUAGUCUCCGUUCUCUGGGUUGACAGCUGUAAACAGAACCAACAACAUGUAUCUGAGAGGCUCUAUCCUGCAAUGCUUCCUGACCAGAAAGGCACACCACUUCUUAUUGCUAAGCUUAAAAAAGCUAAAUCGAUGCAGCCCAGGGACUUUGAGGAUGACUUGGCAUCCAGUGCUGAAAGGUUUGCUAAGAAGAAGAAGAAACAAGAGAUAGAUCGUUUGAAGUCAACAGAAUCUACACCCUGUAAUUCACCACUGCUGGGAGCCAUUCUUGUGGAGGAUACACAACCCAGAGGCUCCCCCCUACCUAAUUCUACUGGUGAAAUCCUUACACCAAUCAGAUUAGCCAUCCCCGACACACCUCCUAGCAUGAGAGCUAAGAUGAAGGAACUUGACAGGCAGAUGGGGGAAAAUAAUGAUGAUGAAAAUGUGGCUGAGGCUCAGUAUGACAAGCCAGAAUUUGAUGAACCUCUCCAAAGAAGACUUUUCACAGGUAUGGGUGGGCAAGAUUUAAAUAGUCCUGAGACAACUGUCAAAGAUGUGAAAGUUACAUUCAGAGAGGACAGCCCUCCAGUGACAUCCUCAAAAAAAGACCCCAAGGUUAGAGCCAGCAGCAGACGGAAAUCAGUGGCAUCCGUCUGCUUCAAAGACAACAUUGAGAAUUUUCAAAAGAAAAAGGAAGAGGAAUCCAGAAAUUCAUUGCCAGCAUUUACAAAUGUAAAAGAUACAGGAAAAAGGAAGUCUACACAGAGAAGGAAGUCUAUGGCUGCGGUAAGUUUCACAAGCACAGAUGUACAAACAAAUGAAGAACCUUUAAAGAGGAGAGUUAGCUCUAGAAGGAGGUCUGUUCAGGUGACAUCACUGAGGUCUGAACCAGAGAUUGAGGAACAAUCGUCAAAGAAAUCAUUGGAAAAGAUUGAAACAUUUCUAGAAUCAGACAGAAAUGCAGACAGUGAAAAUUUAAAACUACCUGUAGAACAUGCUAAAGUGUCAGGAAUUCAGUGCACAGAAAAUAUAUGCUCAGACAGUGGUAAUGCUUCCAAACAAGCUGACAUUAGUGUGACCAGCAACACAAAUUCAGUUGAUGGGAAUAGGGAUUCCAAAAGUUUUACACAAAUUAAGAAUAAGAGAAAAUCUUCUGUAUUUGCUGCCAAUGAAAUGGAAAACCGCUUUCAUAGUAAUGAUAAUACUGAUUGUGAAAAUGUAGAUUCCUCCUCUAAUAAGGGUCAAACUGAACCAAAGAAACAGAACAUCAAAAUAUUGAAGCCAAAGAAAAGACUUCUUGCAGCCAGUGACAUGGAAGUGCAUUCGUUUUUGAUAGAGCCUACUAUGUGUUCAGAAAAAGUCUUCAGCAAACUUUUAGAUAACACUCCAGAUAGUACAUCAACACAGAUCAAAAAGAAGGACACCAAAGGUCAAGGUCAGAAGAGGAAGAAGCAUUCUUUAGAUGAGGCGCCUGACACCCCAAAGAGAAGCAGACAAGAUAAAUCUGAGAGUUCAUCUUUUAAAUCUCCAAACAGUAGAAUUUCCACUGGUGAAGACAGAGUCUUAUUGCAGCAUGGAAAUACAGACCAUGAUAACAGAGAUGUGUCAGAAAAUGAGAGCACACUUGGUUCCUCAAUGUCAGUAGUUUUCAGUGAAUCCACUUGUUCCAAUCUGUUUGGUACAGCUCCGCCGAGGCAGAGUAUCGAUGAAUUUAAUCUACGUACUAAAUUCAACAACAAGAGGAUGAGAAAGAAAAAGAAGGCUUUGUCAGAUUCAGCGUUCUCAUCUCUGAACAAUGAAAGUGAUACUAGUUCUACCAGUGAGGAGGGUAAGAAGAUAAAAAAGAUGAGAAGAAAUCCAUCCUUCACCAAGACUAGUCCCCAGCGACCAUCACUAGUUAUGACAAGUCUUCACUCUCAUGAACAGGAUAUUGUGAUUUCAGUGGUGAAGAGAUUGAAGGGUUUUACUAUAACUGACCAUGUAAAUGAUUUCACUACUCAUGUAGUAUGUGGGGGCCCUCGUAGAACACUCAACAUUCUCCAUGCCAUUACUCGUGGGUGUUGGGUCUUGAAAAAGGAAUGGGUCAUGGAAUCAUUAGAUGCUCAGAGGUGGUUGCCAGAGGAGGGUUAUGAGGUUACAGACUGGUUCCCCUCAGCUCAGGAAACCCGCUUCAGUCGACAAACGUCAAAAGAAAAUGCACCUCAGCUGUUGUUUGGUUCCAUGGGUGUUUUCUAUAUUACACCAAAGGCUGUUCCACCUCGGCAUCAUUUAAUGGAACUGAUCCAGAGGUGUGCUGGCAAGGUGACAAGCUCUUCAUCUAAAGCAGAUAUCUAUGUGGGAUCUGAUUUCCUGCCAGAGAAAACCAGUGUCAACCCACUCUGGAUAUUAGAUUGUGUGACCCAGAAUACUCUUCUUCCAAUGGAUUCAUAUUUACUUGGUAAACCAAAGAGAGAAAGUAGUCCAGAAUAUUAGUCCCCUCUAUUAAAUGAGAGACAGCUUGUUUGACAAAAAGAGGUUCAACAGUUCAAAGACUGGUGAGAACUAUGGAGUACGCUGUUCCGAGAGGUGUACUUUUUGUCAUACAUGUAUUGUGCAUGGAGUUGAAAUAGGAAAAUUUCAGAAACAUUAUAAAUUAUAUUUGACACAUGCAAGUAAAUUACCAAUCUUCCCUGAAUAAAAGUUUCAUUAAUUUAGCUAAUUAAUUGUAAUAGUAUUUUAAUUCAAAGAUUGGCAUAUUAAAAAUUAUACUUCUAUUUGUGUUGAGUACAGUCAGUGGGCAAUUUUUUUUAUACAAAAGCCUUUUUUUUAA